CUCCUCCCUGAGCAGCCGCCGCUGCUUGCAGACUCAGCCCCUGUCCAGACUCAGAGCUGCUGCAGCGGCACUUUGCUCCCCUUGCCAUCCAAAGGGGCUCCGCGCCCUGCACCCUCCGCAGCCUGGACUAGCGCCGUGCCCCGCGCUCCGCUCCCUGGUGCUGGCCGGUGGCAGAGGAGGACGCUGGUGUCCCGCAGCACAGGAGAUUUGAGAUAAUAAACUUUCAAUGUGGGAAGGAGACGACUCUCGAAGGCUUGUUGAGCCACGGAAAUUAUGUGUUCAAUCUGGAGAUGGAGGCAGAUGCAGACGUGCUUGCGCUGGGCUUUCUAUCUAAAGACGGGGAAACCUGGAGCAGUCACUAAUCCCUGAAAAUUACCCCAGCAGGCACUCCGCCACUCAUGUCUGAGGAGACGAAGAAAAGACUGCCAGGGUUACAUCUCUCCAUGAUACCCACAGCUUCAGUAAAACAUGAAGGUGUCUUCCUUGGUUAAACAUCACCUUUAAAAGGAAACAUGGAUCCCAUAAACUCAACUGAACAAAAUUACACAUCAGAAGAACUAUUGAAAACAGUGACAUCAAAGAUUCUUGUUUCAUUUACUCUUUCUGUGCUGGCAUUAAUGACAACGGCCAUCAAUUCUCUAGUGAUGACUGCAAUAAUUGUGACAAAGAAGCUCCAUCACCCUGCCAACUAUUUAAUCUGCUCCCUUGCCGUGACUGAUUUUCUAGUUGCAGUCCUAGUGAUGCCCUUCAGCAUUGUGUAUAUUAUGAAGGAGACUUGGAUCAUGGGACAAAUAAUGUGUGACGUUUGGCUGAGCGUUGACAUUAUGUGCUGUACCUGUUCUAUCUUGCAUCUCUCUGCUAUUGCUUUGGAUCGGUACCGAGCAAUCACAGAUGCUGUGGAGUAUGCUAGGAAACGAACACCAAAACACGCAGGCAUCAUGAUUGCAGUGGUGUGGAUCAUAUCUAUUUUUAUCUCCAUGCCUCCUUUGUUCUGGCGACACCAGACAACCAGCAAGGAUGAUGAAUGCAUCAUCAAACACGACCACAUAGCUUUCACUAUUUACUGCACAUUUGGAGCCUUUUACAUCCCACUGGCAUUGAUUCUGAUCCUUUAUUAUAAAAUCUACAAAGCAGCAAAGACAUUUCACAGAAGGAGCGUAAGCCGCAUUGUAAGAGAGGAAGUAAAUGGACAAGUCCUCUUGGAACCGGGUGAGAGAAGCACCAAAUUGGCUUUGACGCACUACACAACAGAUAAAACAUCUGAUCCCUCAGCAGACUUGGAUAAAAUCCAUAUCACAUUGCGAAGCCCUAAGUCAGAGUCCAAGCAAGAGAAAACCUGGAAAAAACAAAGAAUCUCUAGCACGAGAGAACGAAAGGCAGCAACUACCCUGGGCUUGAUUUUGGGCGCAUUUGUGAUCUGCUGGCUCCCAUUUUUUGUAAAGGAAGUUGUUGUUAACACCUGUGAAAGAUGUCACAUUUCAGAAGAAAUGUCCAAUUUCCUCACAUGGCUGGGAUACAUCAAUUCUCUUAUUAACCCACUAAUCUAUACAAUCUUUAAUGAAGACUUCAAGAAAGCAUUUCAGAAGCUUGUGCAAUGCAAGCAAUGACCGAGUAUUUGUUCUUCUAAUACUGAACCUGAAAAGUGAUUUUUUAAAAAUAUAUAUAAUUUAUACGACUUCUAAAAAGAGACAUUUGUUGGGUUUAGGAAAGACAUACACAUACCCUUGUAUUAGUUACACCUUGCUAUGCAAGUUGUAGAGACAGAUUCUCUGUGGUCAAUGUUGUGCUGGAAAAGGAGAGGUUUCAUAUGCAGUAUUACCCCAAUCCUGUAGAGAGACUUAUGCAGCUGCUUAGCUUUAAGCACAUAAGUAGUCUUAGUAAACACUCAUAUGCUUAAAAUUGAGCUUAUUCAUAAAUCUUUGCAGGAUCGAGGCCUAAAACAUCACUCGCCGAUCAUACUACAAGGCUAAAUGCUGCGUUGCUUUGCUUAGGCAAAACUUACCGCCAUCAACGGGUGUUUCAAUCAAGUAAAACACAGCCAGGAUUGGUCCAUAAAGCAUUUGUGAAAAGGGAGAAGAUACAUUUUCAUUAAGGGCUCGAUCAUGCCAUUUAGGCACAGGCCUGCAAUGGGGGCAGUGCGGAGCCACCCUAUCCCACCCUAGGCAGGGGGCACUCUUAGGAGAUGCAGCAUACUACCAGAGUCUGCUGGGGUGAAGCUAUCGCCCUGCCUCUUCCCGCCUCCAUUUGGGAUGAAGUGUACCUCUGGGGCACACAUUGAGGGACCGUGAAACACAGCAGGCUCUCCAACUGUGGCAGAGCCUGGGCAAAGUAGUCCAUUGAGAACAAGCAUUGUGUGUCCUCCAUGGUCUCUCAGACCCACACAGGACAGUCGCAAUCUUGACCUAGAUGAGAUGAACAAACAGCCGGAGCUCCUAGGAGGAGGUGAGUACAGUUCAUUGUUUAAAUGGUGACAAGUAGCAGCUACUGAAGAUUCUCUAAAGUGUCAGAAUGCAGCUGGCCAAGGUCUGGGAGUGCAAGUGACGGGGAAGGUGUAAAAUGCCUCCCUGCUUGUGCCUCCUUCCCCAGUGACCUCAGAUGACAGGCACAAGCACAGUCCUUGUACUCCCCUGCCGACAAGGGCUGCUCCCUGCUAACAGCCCUUAGGGCUCCAGCCAUCUCAAAGUGGGUGGGGGUACAGUUCCAGGGAUGCUGGAACAAUUUGUAUAGUGGGGGUGCUGAGAGCCAAUUAACCCAACUGUAAACCCUGUAUAUAAUGGAAUCCACUUCAAGCCCAGGGGUGCGGCAGUACCCCUAGCACUUCUAGUUCCAGCACCUAUGGGUAUGCAGGGAAAUGUUUGCUACCACCCCUGAAAGACUGUUGGUCACACCCCCAAUGCAGGUCUGUGGCUAAAAGCCACAACAGAGCCCCUUGUUAGACUGCUUUAAAAACUUCAGACCAGUGGUUCAUAACCUUUCAGGACUAAAUAUACCAGUUUGCCAGGCUAAGCCAUUGGCUUUAUCAGCCUGUGUUCCACUGCCUACCACAUUCAACUGUGUCUUCUAACGACCAUUGGAACUUGGGCUACUCCUAAUAAAGUCAGAGUGCAAGCAGCAGCAGUGCGGUUCCUAGCUAACAUAGGGUGUGAUAGUUUAGGGUACCUGCUACAAAAGCCUGAAGUACAAUACUUGGUACCCAUACCCUUGGUUUGAAGAACUAUUGCUUCUAUAAAGCAUUGCUCAUCUUUAAUUUUAAGAGACAUAUUGCACUCAAAAUAUUAGACAAAAAAUCCUGUGUGUAACCAAAGGGAAGCAGUGUUGUUUUUCAUGUAUUCUGAACUCUAGAAUUAACAGCUUUUUGUAUUUUGUCAGCUAGUUACCAGCUGAGCCAGCAACAUUAAAAAAAAAAAAAGGCAUUUCUUGCAAAACAACUAUUGGAUUCAAGGCCUGUUGUGUUUAGCUUAUGUUUCUGCCACUUUGAAUUUAUUGCCGGUAUUCUGCUUCCACACCAAGAUUUGAUUGAGAGGUUACUCAAACGUAUCGUACUAGCAACUGCACAUUUGCCUCACUGUUGAUUCCAGCCAUAUAUCCACCAACUUGUCUAGGAAUCCAAUUCAGAGCUUAGCUAUACCAUCUAUAGUAGCUGAGUUAGAUUUUAAAAACACUAGGAAAUGACAGACUGGAUUGUGGCUGCAUAUAAAUACUUUUCAUGCUCAAGGUAACCCAAAGCACUUCACUGCCAUUGCACUAAGUGUACACUGACUCAGCAGCGACUCUGGCCUUAGCAAUAGUCUGUAGUGUCCACAUACAUUAUGCUGCUAGAGAAAACAGUUGCUUGGAACAUCACUUGUCCCCUACUCUGCAAACAGUGCCAUGGAAUCCAACUUUCCAAAGGACAAACCAACAAAGGCAUCUCCCUGUAACAUUUCAAUGGGAGGAACAUUCCAACAGUGCAGUGCCUUCCCUAGUACCACCAUCUCCAGCUUGGAUAGCUUGGGGUGAGUCUUGAACCCACGAGCUUCUAACUCAGAAGUCAGAAUGCUACCACCUGAGAAGUCUAUGGUGCAUACAGUCCUUUUUCAGAGCUGUUGCUGAGGGCUAGAGUAUAUUAUUAUAAGGAAUUUGGUGACACAUUGUGAAAGCAGAUGAGAGACAAAAAUAGGUAUUGGUUUUGAGGAGAAAAGUACUGAAGCCAUCGAAUCUAAAUACAAUGGCUCAGGCUCAAAGAAUGGAACAAUACACAGAUAAAGAGAGUUGUCAUUUUUCCACCUUGCCAGUAUUAUACUCUUGACCCCAAUUAAGUUGCUAAACAAGAUGCAGAGGUGGUUUCCUUGUAUUGUUUUCCCAGCACGGCAUCUGCUUAUCAUUGAACACACCAGUAGUGUAAGAUGUGACACCAACAAAUCUAUGGUAAUUAGUGGGCAAUUUUUCUAUUAAAAAAAAAACACACUUGCAGAUCAUGGCGUACCAUUUCUUUAGUGGCUAGCUGCUUCCCAUCACUCGCAGUUCUCCAGCAGAGUCCAGGAUCUCCCUCCUCAGACACACACACUAUUUGUUUCACCUCUGGUAUUUCUCCAGGAUGCUGCACAUGUGUGUAAAAGCUUAAUUUCUUCUUUGAAUGAAGUAGUUCUAGUUUUACAUUUCAUUUUUUUUUAAAUGCAUGACUUUAGGCAGCCAACUAAAAUUUGACUGCAUUUAAGUCUCACUAAAUUUUA